AUGGAAAAUAGAGUUAGGCUUCUUCGGUCUUCACUUCACAAUCACAUCCCACUACGAGAUACGGCCGACUUCUCCCACUCCCACCCAAGACGUGACCGGCGACCCAACGCCUUUGACCUUUCCUUCCGUGACUUCACAUCCCCUGCUAAGUGGGAGCUUUUUACUGUCAUGUAUCUUCGUCGGGCAUCAUUGAUGUUACAUAAAUCAAGAAGGCUGUUUAGUAGCAGCACCAGCCAUGAUAUUGCCAGCACCAUUGAUGAGCUUAAUAAGGAGAUGGAAUUUGUUUUUGGUGAAGCUCCACCUACAAGUCUUACUGGUUCCAGUGAAAGUCAACCUAUAUCCCAAGACUCGGAGAUUACACCUGUUGAAAAAAUAAAAAUGGAAAUGGAAAAUGAAUCAAAACUGAGCCAUAUUAGUGUGAAAGGUGAAGCUCAAAUGGUGGAUGUGUCUCACAAGGAUAUUAGCAAGAGAGUUGCAAUUGCAAGCUGCAAAGUUAUUUUGGGGAAGAAAGUAUACGACUUAGUUUCUGCCAACCAGGUUGCAAAGGGAGAUGUUCUUAGUGUAGCAAAGAUAGCUGGAAUAACAGGAGCAAAACAGACUAGUAAUCUUAUCCCACUAUGCCACAAUAUCAACUUAACUCAUGUUGGUGUUGAUUUACGAUUAAACCCUUGUGAUUAUUGUGUUGAAAUACGAGGGGAAGCUGCUUCAACAGGUAAAACCGGGGUUGAGAUGGAAGCAUUGACAGCAGUUACUCUUGCUGGGUUAACUGUUUAUGAUAUGUGUAAGGCUGCAUCAAAACAUAUUCAGAUUACAGAUGUACGAUUGGAACAUAAAACUGGAGGGAAGAGUGGGGAUUGGUCCAGGGAGAAGAAACAAUGAUUCUUCAGAUUAUGGAUGUUAGUGCUAAAACAUUUUUUGAACACCUUGAAUUAGGUUGUAGUAUCAUCAUAUAUUGUUCUUAGUAUUAUCAUUUGCU